AUGGCAUUGCAAGCCGAUUUUAAGAAUCGCGGAGGCUUGCAAAGCCUCUUCAACCCGAAGGCCGGCAACAAGGUAUUCGCCCUUGACUCUGUCUUGCCGGAUGCCAAUCGUACCCGUCCGCAGAAGCCCGCGACUGGCAAGCUGGCAUUGCCGGCAGUGCCUGGCAGCAGAAAUGUGGGUGGAGAAGAUCCUUUGAAGGCCGGAUCACCCGUGCUCUCUGUGAGUCCAGAGCUUGAGCCCGUCCGUGAGUCAGACGGCUUCUCCCCCGCGCUCCAAGAUGCUGUACAGACUAUGAUGCAAAGCUUGCAAGAGGUCAAAGAGCCGCAAGGAACAGCGAAGGUGACAAACGAGCCUGAGAUGACGGCAGUUGCUUCUGAAGAGCCCGCACCUGACUUGACCUCGACGUCGGAGGCACCGAAGCCGGCGGAGCCUCAAACUUCGGAGUCAAGGAUGAGGCGUGCCAUUGCCAGAACACGGUGGCCGGCAAAACCGCCCGAGAGAAUCGAAGAGAUCAAGAACAUUGAGGUUUUUGCAGAGCGGCUUGUAGAUGCGUACGGGUCCUUGACGAAGGCCUUUGAAGCCUUCGACAGUCAUGACCGAAGCGAAGUGACAAGAUCUCAGUUCGAUGCUGCACUGGAUGCGAUGCAUCUCGACGUCGAGGAGCUCUGUGGCAUUCCUGCGUCCAAGCUCUUCAGCAUGGUAAGUCGAGCCUCCAAGAAGCCCAUCGGAGCAUUGACAGAGCAGGCUUGGAACUCUUUCUUCAAGAAGUACCUCGGGCAGACGUCCUCAGCGCAUUUGCUUGAAGCCGACUACAGCAUCCAGGCCGCCUUGAGUCAUCUGGCAGAGUUGCACCAGCUCCAGCCUUCUUCGAUGCCGCGGGAACGAAAACAAUGGACUGAGGAGGGCUCAGACUCCGAUGCUCCGCCCCGUCGCUGGUGCGUUGUGGCUGCGGUGCUCGAUGAUGCGGCCAUGUCUAAACUCGCCAAUCUUGAGGACACGGGCAGCACCGACAGGAAAAAGAACAUGCAGGAAGAAGCUGGAGGCGGCCGGCGCCGUGGUGCCGUCGGCUCCCAGGAUGCAGAGGGCUCAUCUGCCUCCGACUCUGACGACGAUGCCACUACAAGGCGGCGGUUGGCACAGGACCAGGCCGGCGACGGUUCGCGUGAUGGUAGAGGGCAGCUUCACGGGUCGUCUGGUGGCUCCGGUGUGAAGGAAGGGACCUCGGGCGAGGAUGAGGAUGCCAAGCUGCUAGCCAAUGGAGCCCAAUCCGGCGAGGCUUCUUAUUCUUCUGAUCCCAGCGGUGGCAAUGACACUCGAGGCCAAACGCAGGAACAGCGUGAUCAGCGUGAGCGUCUGGGAGCUAUUGGUGAGGACGAUUCGACCUUGAGCCCCGGAGCAGAAGUGUCUAACAGUGCUGCGUCAGAUGAAGAUGGAUUGCAGACAUCUGCGAGCGCCAGAAGGGCUCCUGGUGGAGAAUCCGGGAAGCAAGGGCCGUCUGGGCCUGGGCCUGAUCACGGCUCGGGCUCGGGCUCGGGCAGCGGUUUCAGCAACUGUGGUUCCGGUGUCGGUGCUCCGAGUGGUGCUUCUGGAACGGAUGGUGAUGGGCAUCGGUCGGCAUCCAAGGAUGGACAGGCAGAAGAAAGAGAUGGCAGGCGCCUGCACCCGGGCACUGGCUCUGCCGACAAUUCCUCCGCAUCGGGAAGGGGGCCUGAGAACAGUUCUACAGAUGCGUUCGGCUCGACGCCUGCGGAUCCGCUCUCUGGAAUUUUCUCUGGAAGCACCCGAGAUCUGGACGGGCGAACGGACAACAUGGGUGGACGUCUUGUUGCCGGUGGUGCUGGCGCUGGUGGUGCUGCUGGUAGUAGUGUUGGCGGCAGCGAUGGUAGUCGUGAUGCUGGUGCCGAUGCAAAGGAUGGCCGCACUGGGCGAGCUGGCAUCUCAUCUUCCUUUUCCGCACAAGGCCUGGAUGGAGCGCCUGCGGGAUCAAAGUCUUUCUCAGGACAUGCGGAGGUGAAUCGGCGAAAGUACCAAAGCGAGCCUAUCGAUCUGCUGGCCAGAGCAGCUGCCGAGUCCCAAAGCCACUCUGCAGUCGGGGCCGAGGGUGGAUCCGAUGAAGCCGGCGAUGCGACUUCUGGGCUCAAGGUUGCCUACACGCAUGGCAAGGCGGAGGAAAGCUCCGAUUCCGAGGUUGAUGAUGAGAUCAGCAGCAUUGGCAUUGAGGAGGACAAGACCGCCGGCGACAUUCAAUCACUAGUGAAGCGCGUGUUCAGGCUUUAUGCCACCGGCUAUUCGAAGGGUCAGUAUGUGUUCAUCCGAAAUCCCGACCUGAGCCACUUUAUGGAUGAUGCAAAGGAAGCUUUGCCUGCCCAUCGGAAGAAGUUUCGACGCUUUAAACGAAUAUUCGAGUCGAUCUUCGAUGACACUAUACAGCUGCAGUGUGAUAUGCCUGGCCAGGGUCUGCGAAUCACCGCGGGCUUGACGUUGGACUGGUUCCAAGUCUUUGUGCAGAAAGCGGUCCGGCGGGUUGGCACGGAGGUCAUGGGCUUCUUCAUGGCCCUGCUCGAAGCACAAGGCUGCUAG